AUGCCCAGCUUGCGACGUGCUGCUGCACUAAUCCCUCUGGUUUGCCUUGUCUUGAUCGUUCAUGAUGUGGCGAGCGCCCGGAUUUCUGCUUUCGUUGGCAUCCAGGCAAUGACGACGCGUAAUCAUCGCGACCGAGGUGUGCGUGUGUCGGCACAGUCCGCGGAGCUGGCGGCAAGGUCCCGAUACAUUCCCGGCCGGCGUUUGGUAGGCAAGCGCCGCGACACCAGACCGCCUUAUGUGCCGGAAGCGAACAAUCGCCGCAAGAUUGCGUGGCUACUCAUCCUGUCGGGACUUGCUGGCUACCAGGCAGGCAACAGCUUCUUGGACGAGCGCUACGCGACCAAUUCCGCGCCGGAGUUUGUAUAUUCUUCACCUGUCAUUCAGAAAGGAUGCGUGCUGAUGGCACGGCCGGGUGACACAUUUAUCGAUCACCAGCAAUAUUUCCACAAGUCAGCAAUUCUCAUUCUCAAGCACGGUGGGGAGUUCGACAAAGGCAUUAUCAUUAACCGCCCAUCGGGGUUCAACACUCGCCAGCUUGGAAUGCCUGGCCCGGCUUGGAACAUUUGGUUUGGUGGCGACUGCGAGGGCCUUCGUGCACCCCACUACACCCAGGUCAGAACCUUCUGUCUGCACGUGUCAGAGGAGUUUGCAGAGACAUCGACGGAGGUUGAAAGGGGCGUGUAUUUGAUCCGUUUCGACGCUGCGCAAGAUCUGGUGAGCCAGGGGCGUGCCACAACAGACGACUUCAUGCUGUUCUUUGGCUACUGUGGCUGGGGACGCAAUCAGCUCCAAAGAGAACUGGAUGCUGGAGUCUGGAAAAUGGCCAGCGUUGACAGCCACAUUAUCGUUCGGGAGCUCCGGGAAGAAACCAAAGAGCUGAGAGCCAUGCCGGAGGUUGGACUGGACGAUGGUAUUGGGCUCUGGCGCCAUUUGUAUUCGCGCAUCGAUGCGGGCAUGCCACAGAAGGACCCUCGAGAAAUGAACAUGAUGGGCAUUGAUGCAGUGGAGGGCGAUGCUUUCGCGGACGCCAUGCUCCGGCAAUGGCUUAUUCAGAACUUAACCCCACCGUAA